GUUGCCAUUCAGCCUAGAUUAUGGGCUGAGGUGAACUAAACUUCGACGUCGAAGAAAGGAGGUGUCCAGAAGACGAUAGACGUGAAUCUGAUGAGAGGUGAAGAUGGAUCACAGCGCCGCCAGUAUCCCGGAGUCCGUCAUCUCCCAGACCAGUGAGGUGUGCUCCAGUGUGGGGGAAGAUCGCUUUGUCGAUCAGGAUCGAGCACCAAGUCUCUUGAUAGGCUUCUCCAAACUCUACAAGAACAAGGAGUUUGUAGAUGUGAUUCUGUGUGUGGGGACGCAGGAGUUUCCGUGCCACAAGAAUGUCCUCGCUGUCUCCAGCCCUUUCUUCAUGGCCAUGUUCUCCAACAACAUGGCCGAAAGCCACCAAGAGAAGAUAACUCUGAAGGACAUGGAGUGCCAGACACUAGCCCUCGUAUUGGACUAUAUCUACACUGGACAGGUUGUGUUGACAGAGGAAUCGGUUCAGAAUCUACUCUCGGCAUCCAAUCUGUUUCAGUUGAUAUCUUUACGUGAUGGGUGUGCGGAGUUCAUGAUGAAUCACGUGACAGUUACAAACUGUAUCGGUGUAUUUUUUUUUGCCAAAUGUCACGAAUGUGGUGUCCUUGCAAUGAAAGCCAAAGAAAUAAUUAAUAAUAAAUUUUCCACUCUGUGCAAACAACAAGAGUUUCUGUCUCUACCCGCGGACAAACUUGUGGAAAUCAUCAGUGACGAUGACAUUAACGUGACAACGGAGGAGACGGUGUACGAGGCGUGUAUGGAGUGGUUACAGCACGACACAGACAGUCGGCUGAUACACUUAGUCGACAUCAUGACUUGUGUUCGAUUUGCAAACAUCAGCUCGUACUACUUCUGUGAUCGAAUUGACACAUGUUCGUUGCUGUUGGAGAGAGAGGAGCUUCGCAAGACGUUGGACAUGAUUAGGUAUUAUCACAUGUUGAAAAAUCGGCAACAAGAAAUGGACUUGAGUUUGAUGCCCCGUCGAGGAAUGGCGUACGAGAGAGGUGUGAUGAUUAUUGCAAACCCAUACACAGAAGACGCUCUCAAGAAGUACAACAGUAUGGAACUACUGAUGCCUAAAACAGGGGAGGUUAUCCAUAUCUGCAAACUGCCACAGAGUCUAUAUACACCAGGAUGUGCUAUAUCAGGAGACAAUCAGAUCUUCCUGGCGGGCGGGGCUAUCAGGAAGAUCAACUACCGUGGAUCGAUCACAACGGAGGGUGUUUCCAACAACCUGUACAUGUUCGACCAGAUUGAGGGGGCGUGGUUGACCAAGGCCAAGAUGCACAUGUCUCGGUCCCAGUUCUCUCUCACCGUCGUUGAUGGGUUUGCGUUUGCUGUUGGAGGACAGGAUGGUGCGGAGAUACUGAGCAGCGUGGAGCGAUACGACCCCCACACCAACACGUGGAUGUUGGUGGCGCCGCUUCCCCAGCCUCUUCGCUUCACGACAUCACUCAGCUACCGCGGCAAGCUGUAUGUGUUCGGUGGAGAAAACACCUCCGAGAUCAGCAGCAGUGCUUACAGAUACGAUCCGGCAGAGGACUUGUGGGUAGAGUUACCUCCCAUGAAGAAGCCCCGCGUGCUGGCUGGCAGCGUGGUUUACAAGGAGAAGAUAUACAUCAUCGGGGGCAACUCGUGUAUCAGUGACAAGUGGCGGAAGGAGUACCUACCAGAACACUGCGUCAGUUCCGUGGAGAUCUUGGACCCAGCAGAUGAGACGUGGAGCCGGGGGCCAGAGCUUCCCAAUGCUCUGUGCGGAGCUGGUAUCGUGAAGUACAGCAACACCAUCCUGAUUGUGGGGGGUGAGGACGACAAGAGCUGGAUGGCAGGGCUGUGUUGGCUGAAGGAGGACCGGGGCAAGGAGUCCUGGGUGGAGGGGCAGGAGCUCCCCACCGUCAUGAGCACCUUCGGCUGCGUCGUCGCCAACAUCCCUCACGAAGUUCUCAAGCAACAAUGACACAUCAUCAUCACCAUGCACACUCCAGCACCGACAAGACGUGCAGUCAGUGCAGUCAGGAGACGUGCAGUCAGUAGACGUGCAGUCAGUAGACGUGCAGUCAGUAGAUUCUGAACAGAUAGUAGGCUCCUUGCAAAUAAAAUGCUUUAAAAACUGCUGACACAGCCCUUGUCAAACAGACACAAUAAAACUGUAUGUGAAGUCACAGUGAAGGGGCAGAUUUUGUCCAGACAGUGCUAGUGAUAAAAGACAUCAGUGUUUGAGUGGUGCUACAGUGACAUGGAGUUGUCAAGGACAUUCAUAAUGAAGGCAAGGUCUUGGAGCAGACGCGGAUGCAAACACAGUUCGCCAUGACAACCGUCUGUAUGAUGAAAUGAGUUACAGAUGUGUAGUGAUGUGCUGUACUGUUGAUGAGGACAUUCACAACGAAGGUGAAGUCCUGAAGCAGACACUGUUUACAAACGAAGUGUGACAUGACAAACCUCCUGUAUGUUAUAUGUAACCUAUUAUGAGUUACAAACAUGACAUGGUCACAACUGACAAGAAGGUGACAAACAGAUUACAUGACUGUGAGACUUGUGAUCCCAAGUGAUGCCAACAAGUGAUGACACCCUUCUAACUGAGCACAGAGGAGCAUGAGUUCCAAGUGUACACAUCCUCCCUCACUGAAUGACUGCUUUAGUUGGAGAUUCCGUUAUUGAAGGUUCAUGCAAUGUUGUGAUGAUGGAAGAGUCCAGGAAGGAUGGGAGACUUUGUGGUUGUCACGGUUACAUAUCGGAGCAGUGCAACUGAUACAUUUUGUGACCCUGUGAAAAUAGGAAUUUCUAUACAUGCUCAGAAGUCUGGAUGAUUGUCCAAAUGUUCAAAUUAUCAAGGGCAGUGUACUCGUUUGGAGGAGUGCCACCAAGGGCAUCGUCAAUUUCAGUGUCACCACCGGGGAGAGUGUCACUGUCAUAUUACUCGUGCUUGUGCAUAACCUCAGGCUUGCCCCGUACAAGCGGACGCACCAGGAUAUGCUUGGAAUUCAGUCCCAUAUCAGUCAGUGAUUGUCAUCAAUACAGGUACGAUGAUGGCUUUAUCUGAGGAGACGUCGUAAUGUCUUCAUCAUCUAGGAAUCAGCCAUCAUUGUGCACAGAUACUAACAUAUACAGCAUUAUGGUUACCGUGGCUACAGCUUCAGUAGCUAAUGACGAGAACAGCUUCACGGCUAUUGACGAGUGGUAAGGUCAGAGUGUAUUACUGUAUAUCUGUAUAUCUGUGUUACUAUGCUAUGUUAAUUUGGCAGAGAUCUGAUAUCAUUCUUCAUUGUUGAUUAUGUGUGGUGUGACAGCGUAAACCCCAGACACCAAGGGAGAUAACUCCAGUGUUUUGCUUAAUGCUUUACAAGGGUACAGUCAGGUGUCUGUGAGUCUGCUACAUUGUGUUAUAUGCAAGAGCUGGAUGGUUACCAACAGCUGUGAUUGUGUAUCACAGACAGUAUUAUUUAUCGUGUUGAUGCAGAUCACAGAAUAUGAUCCUAUAUUUUGCUUUAUGCCAAGUUGUUUGUUUUCAGCUCUACAUACGGUUCCAGUGUCUUUCAGUCAACAGUGUGGUAAUAUUAUACAUAUCAUUUGUACACCGGGCUUAAAUAGCCAGUUGAUAUUCAAAACUAGAUAUAUUAUGCAUCUAGUCAAUGUUUUCUAGGCAUUUCACAAUGGCUGAGUAUUGCAUUGCCUUCUAAUUUCCACUAUUUCUGAUAUCGGCACCCAUGUCAGCAAGACUUCAUCAAAGUCGGAGGAACCUUACCAGGUUUGCUCACAAGUGUUCAUGUUUUCCUUUAAAAAUUCACCUUUAAUUCAUCACAUUUCUUCUUCCA